AUGUUUAACGUUAAUGUCACCGUGACAGGCUGGGCGCUAGAGUCUGUAGCCAAGUCGAACAACAUCUUGAGGACAUUCGGUAAUGUUGGAUUACCGUUGAUGGACAAAUCAUCGUCGCAGGCUACUCCAGAUGUUUGGUACAAAGCUUGUUUUGACAUGGCACACUACUUGUACUUCAAUAACGAUCCUGCUUCCGACUGGACUCUUCGCGAGAAAGCCGCGCGCUUGAGCCAGCUAAUUAUAUUAUACCUCGAGGGCCGUUUGACAAGACUCUUUGAUGACAUUGUAAUUAUCCUGCAUCUCACUAUAUGCUUCGCUGCUCAAUGA